GACACCACGAAAUGGAUGGCGCGGCAUUUAAAAUUCAAAUGGUUCUAUAAUCGGUUAACUAUAUCACUAUAUCACUUUCCGUUUUGUUUUUAUUAUAGAUUGGAGUCACCUACGCGAGAAUUGGAAAUAACAGCAGCAAAAGACAUUAAUUUACAAUCACGUGCAGGCGGUAUUGAAUUGACUGCUCUAGAGGAUGUUAAAUUGAGCACGAUUGAUGGCAGCUUACAUUUCGAAUCGUCAAAGAUUUUUAUGCCUAACCUAAGAACAGCUCAGCUACCUCUUGCGGGAACUGCACAAAAUCAUGAACAUUUACAUCGUGUCUUUCAGUUAUGUGCCUGUUCGAAUGGUAAAUUGUUUCUGGCAGCGCCUCAUUCAAUAUGUGCCGGCGAUGAUAGCAGUGUAUGCAGAUGAUCCAUGCAAACGAAUUAAGGACAAUAAUAAUAAAUGAAUCAAUGAUUGAAUAAAAAACUUUAGUAGAACUGCCAGAAAGCCUCUGAAAAUAGAAAGUAACUGAAAAAUUAUAAAUAAUCAUACUAAAGAAUAAUAAUAAUAAUAAUAAUAACAAUAUAAACAAAAAACUAGACAUAAAUAUAAGAAAUUAUAAGAAAGCCGCCGAUAUAUUAGUUGAAUAGUUUUGUAUUAUAAUCAAAAACAAAAAAAACAAAAAAAAGCAAAAAUAUAAUAAAUUGAUAACAACAUUCGACAGGCAAAAAGGAAA